AUGGCUGGCGAGAAGAGCAAAAUGAGCUCCGAGGCACCUGUCAUGCAAGUCGCCCAGCCUGUCGACUAUGACUACGACUAUGAGAAGCAUGGCGCCCAGCGCGAGGCCAACCCGCUGCCAGAGCUCAAGCGCAAGUUGAAGAGUCGACACUUGCAGAUGAUUGCCAUUGGUGGCACCAUAGGAACCGGUCUGUUCAUCGGUAGUGGCACAGCAAUUGCCCACGGAGGCCCCGUCGGGGCCCUCAUCGCCUAUAUCUUCGUUGGAACCAUCGUAUACUCCGUUAUGACCGCGCUCGGAGAGAUCGCAACCUAUAUCCCCAUUCCCGGCGCGUUCACCUCGUACGCCGCUCGUCUGAUCGAUCCCAGCUUGGGCUUUGCCAUGGGUUGGAUCUACUGGUUCUCCUGGGCGUCGACCUUUGCGCUGGAGUUGACCGCUACCGGAUUGAUCAUUCAGUAUUGGGAUCAGGAUAUCCCAAUCGCCAUUUUCAUCGCCGUCUUCUGGGUAUGCAUCAUCGCAUUCAAUAUGCUGCCGGUAGGAUUUUACGGAGAGAUGGAAUUCUGGUUCUCGAGUAUCAAAGUGAUUACCGUGAUUGGCUUUGGAAUUUUCGCCAUCUGUGUCAACGCCGGCGUUGGCGAUCAAGGAUAUAUUGGAUUCCGCUACUGGGUGCACCCGGGACCCUUUGUGCCCUACCUGAUCAGUGGCAAUGACAACCUGGCCAAGUUUGUUGGAUUCUGGUCGACGUUGAUUCAGGCCGGUUUCUCCUACCAGGGAACCGAGUUGGUUGGUAUUGCGGCCGGUGAGACGGAGAACCCCCGCAAGACCGUCCCCUCUGCCAUUCGCAAGACCUUCAUCCGUAUUGUCUUCUUCUUCAUCCUGACAAUCUUCUUUAUUGGAAUUGUCGUGCCUUCCAGUGAUCCUGGCCUGCUGGCUAGUGAGGGUAGCGGUGCUAGCGCCCAGAACGCCGACGCCUCUCCCUUCGUGAUUGCGGCCAAAUUGGCCGGUGUCAAGGCUCUCCCCGGUAUCAUUAAUGCGGUUUUGUUGACCGUGGUGCUCUCCGCGGCCAACUCCAACGUCUACAGUGGCAGUCGUAUCUUGGUCGGUCUCGCCCAGGAAGGAUUCGCCCCCCGCUGGUUCAAGCAGACCUCCAAGCACGGUGUGCCAUACUGGAGUGUCCUCUUCACUGCGGCCUUUGGUCUCCUCGGAUUCUUGAACGUGUCCGAUGCCGGUUCCACCGUGUUCACCUGGUUACUUCAGAUCUCCGGUGUAGCUGGUUUCAUUACCUGGUGCUCGCUGAACGCGUGUCACCUCGCCUUCCAGCGUGCGCUCAAGGCCCGCAACAUCUCCCGCGAUAUCUUGCCUUACAAGGCUAUGUGGCAGCCGUGGUUCUCGUGGUACGGACUGUUUUUCAACUGUCUGAUCAUCCUCACUCAGGGAUUCACUGCCUUCAUCCCCCAUUUCCAGGUCAAGGAGUUCUUCAUCAACUACCUGAGUUUGAUCCUCUUUGUGGUGCUGUACGUGGGUCACAAGGUGAUCUACCGUCCCGCCUUUGUCAAGUCUAUCGACGCCGACCUGGACACCGGUCGCACUACUGCGGACAACGAGACCUGGGAGACUGUCGAGCCUACCACCUGGUACGGCAAGGCGUGGAAAUGGGUCAGCGACUGA